CUCGUUGCGGCUUGCGCGCGCUUGCUCCAUUCUUCCCCUCAUCAACCCCAUCCUCAUCUCUUUCUUUCUAUAUUCACAUCCUGAUAAGAGUCAACCUCUCAGUAAACAUCUCCAAAUACUUUCGCAUCCACCAACCACUCAUAAAACCUCGAUCUCCCUAACCCCUUCUCGAAACCACCUCACCUCAACCUCUCUCGCCCUCUUCCCCGCCGACGCCGCCCAUCAUGUCCAGCACUCAGCCUCAAGACAAGGCCGAACCCAGCCAACAGCCGCAACAACAACAGCAGAAGUCCUCCGUCCUGGAAGAGGACGACGAAUUUGAAGAUUUCCCUGUUGAAGACUGGCCCCAAGAAGAAACCGAACAAGGCGCCACCGCCAACGGCACCGACGCCCACCUGUGGGAGGAAAGCUGGGACGACGACGACGCCGCCGAGGACUUUUCGAAGCAGUUGAAGUAGGUUUUCCUUUUCCCGGACGUCUUCUCCUCUUCCUUUUCCACCUGUAUACUUGGAAAUUAUGGGGGAGAGCUGCUGGUGAAUUAGUGUCGUGGUAAUGCUUCGACCACGAAUCACCUACCCUCCCCGCCUUGGUGUCUGAAUUA